AUGAGUCAACAACUACCCAUUAAAAACAGUAUCAGUAGUAACAACAACAAUAGUAUCAGCAACACCAACAACAACUUAAACACACCUCAAAAUUUUCAAAACAUUGAUGGAAAUGCUAAUCAAAGUCUUCCUACCUCAAAUUUCCAAUCACCAGCAAAUGAUUCAACUUCAACCACUAAAUCACAUGGCCAGAAUUUUGUAGCUUGUCAACAACAAACAACCUUGAAUAAUUCAACAAGAGUAGUUAAGAAAAGAAUCAUUCUGUCGAACGAUAGAACAAGUAUAUUGGAGAAUUACUAUCAGAAUAACUUCAACUUUCCCUAUCCUGAUCUGGAAACAAGAGAAUCCCUGGCCAGCCAGUGUGGAAUUUCCUGCUCUCAAGUUAACAAGUGGUUCAGUAACAGACGAAACAAGGACAAAAACACCAGGAGUCUGACCGACAUUGCUAAUAUCAAUCUUGUUAUCAACUUUUAUUCACAUAAGAGUUCUUUUAAUCAGGGUUUCGGAGUCUAA